AUGGGAGAUCAUUUUGAUGAUGUUUGGGGUUCUGGGAGUGAAAAUGAAUCGGAAGGGCUCACUAAUGAUAUAAAGAAGUUGCGGGAGAUACAUAAUAACCGUGGGUAUUUGGAUGGGGUUACUGAUUCUAAAGACAUGAAUUUACAGAAUGGGUUCGAUGAAGGUUUCCCUACUGGUUCAGUUUUAGGUUAUACAGUAGGUGAACUUAUUGGCACAAUGAUGAGCUUAAAUGCAGUCUAUGUUGAAGAUGAACAAUUGAAGUCGGAUUUAGAGUCUGCGCAAAAGGAGUUGCGUGUGAAUGAAGUGUUGACCAAGAGUAUGUUUAAUGAGCAAUUGGAUUUGGAUGGUGAACAUCCUGUUCUAUUGAAAUGGAAAAAAAUUGUCGAAGGUUAUGAAGAGAAAUAUUUGAAAUGA